AUGUCGAUACCCAUGCUUUCUCCAAACGAUAUGCUUGCAAUAGCAGCGCCUACCGAAACCGAUUUCUACCUCAAAAUCGGCGUCGCCAAGUUAGGCGUCCCCGCGAACCGAGAUAACAUCCGCAAAGGACUCCGAUUUUCAGAGCCCAUGUUCAAAGCGGUGGAAGAGGAGUUCUCGCGCCGACUAAGACAUGAAGGCCUUUGGGGAAAGCCCAUAGGACCGCAUAAGGGAAAGGUUGAUACCAUCGUGAGCGAGACUAUCCAGUCGCUGCCCAUUCCCAAUCAUGUAGCCGCGCAAGACCCCAGCUUCCUCCUCAAAUCCUUGCAUAAAUUGAUCUCAUUGAUCAACGAGGCGCCUACGAAGCAAGAGAAGCGAUCACUCAAGAGGGAAUCGACGGAAACGCAGGAAGACGGACAUGCGAAGACCCAGAAGCUCUCAACGACCGAGAGAUUGGCAAACCCCUACCAAUCCAGCAGACCAUCGACCGAAAACCCCCCUAGCAUUGACUCCCUCCAACUCAUCAUCACCGACAACCUGAACGAGUGCAAGCUCGUCUCUGUUCAGAAGUUGAUGGAUGAUCCAACAGUAACCUCUCGGUUCUGGGAGCAACUCAGCCUCAAAGCUCUCAUCACCCAUCUUCGGUCGAAACGGUUCUGGGGCGAUACCGACGAAAAUCCUAUGGCACCAUCCCGUCUAACCUACAGAGUGGACAAUGCGAGCUCGGCCGUGGAUGACGAUGAUGACUUACAAGAGGCGUGCAAGUAUUGGGAGCGAGUACGUGCAUCCGAGUGGCGGAUGUUCUUGCAGCGCGCAAUCAAAGCUUCGAUCGAGACGUCAGACAUCGGAGCCAGUGUCUUCGGAACUUCGCGAGACUUGUCGGUACGCUCACGUCCCCAAUCUCAACGGCCCCCUGGGACACUCGAGCGUCCAGCCUUUCCUCCUAUUGAGCGGAAGCAAGUCUCGAAGUUCCCAACCUCUCCCAGACUUGCUGAUGCCCCGCCUCAACCCAAACCUGCUGAAACUCCGCUUUCUCCCCAUUCUGCUAUCGCUCCGCCUCCGAUCUCACCACCCAACCCACUUAAUACCCACGAAGGGAAUGAGACAGAUUCCCGACUCAUCAGCAUCAGCUCGGACGAGGGUGACCCUCGGCCACAAGUCCGUCGCCGUUCCCCACAAAAGAAGUCCGUCAAUGAUCCAACAGGCAACGCCGCCGUGCUUGAAACUUACAAGAGCAAUGACGCGCUCCCGCCAUGGGAGGGGAGGCGUCUGACAGUAGGAGAUACUAUACCAGUGGAGCUCUCAAUCAAGCAAGAUCACGCCCUUCGAUCAGCUGACUCUUACGACAUUGAGAUCGGUGAGAUUAUGAGUCAAAGAAAGGUGCAGGAUGAUAUGGAGGCCGGCGAUGGAGACCUGGCAUUAGAAAAGGCAAAGCUCGGUGAGGAAGGGAGGUCUCAGUGGUCCGAGAUAACUCGGCAAAUCAUGGAGCAAGUCUUGCAGCUCAACCGUGAUGACACAAGCACCGACAAUACCCGAACAUCAAUCACACCAAACGCGUCCGGACGUCAUAUGCUCUCCACGAUUCCACAUCAAAUCAUCACUCAGCAAGCGGAGAACACCACUGUAACUUGGCCUGUCAUCCCCACUGCCUUGAGGAGUAAGAGGAGGAACUACAACAGGCAAAUGCGGAGAACACUGCGGAGAAACCAAGCGGCAACAAGGCCACCAUCGUCAAGAACACGGCUCAGCUCUCCAAGAUCCCACGUCAUAUGCUCUCCACGGUUCCACAUCAAAUCAUCACUCAGCAAGCGGAGAACACCACUGCAACUUGGCCGUUCCACAUCAAAUCAUCACUCAGCAAGCGGAGAACACCACUGCAACUUGGCCUCUUAUCCCCACUACAUUGAGGAGCAAGAGGAGGAACUACAACAGGCAAAUGCGGAGAACACUGCGGAGAAAUCAAGCGGCAACAAGGCCACCAUCGUCAAGAACACGGCUCAGCUCUCCAAGAUCCCACGUCAUAUCAGUCAUCCACUCAAGGUGGAGCAAGAGGAGGAACUACAACAGGCAAAUGCGGAGAACACUGCGGAGAAACCAAGCGGCAACAAGGCCACCAUCGUCAAGAACACGGCUCAGCUCUCCAAGAUCCCACGUCAUAUGCUCUCCACGGUUCCACAUCAAAUCAUCACUCAGCAAGCGGAGAACAUCACUGCAACUUAG